AUGGAAAGUGAAACCCUGCAAACCACUACAUCUGAUACACCAGAUGAUUCAGAAUUCUAUUCCACUGAUCUGGAGAGUUGUAACUUUGAAACUGAUUCUUCGGCUCCUGAAAUUAGUUCUUUAUUAGCUGGUCUCCAAAUCAAUGAUACCCUGAGCACGCCCUUAAAUGCUGAUGUACCAGUUAGCAGGUCAUCUAGUUCUGACGAAGGUGGAUUGACUCCCCUGUCUGGUAGUCUUUCUGGAGUCAGUGAUCAAUCCCAAUUAGGACUUAUCUUACGCAAGAAUUACAGUAUGGAAACAAUAGUCAUGGAAUCGUUUGCUCAAUCCGACCCAUUGCAAGAAUUGUUAUCCACUUGUCAACUGCUCAAUUCUUUUGAAGCUGAAGAAAUUGUAAAAUUUGCUAAUUCACCAAUUGGUACUUUUCUUGCAAACAACUGGAAAAAGAUUUUACAAAACAAGCAGCUUUUUGUGCAAGUAGCAAUACCUUGUGCUUACGGUGGUAGAAGAAAGUAUCUCUCCAUCAGGACUGACACUAGAGCAAGAUUUGGAGAAAUUUUCCCUGAUGCUUUAUGUUGUAAAGAAAAUCCGAAGAAAAGACAACUCAACGCAACAUUGAUGGGAAUGAUAGGUCAUUAUCUCAUCAGAAUUGGUAUCGACAAUAAUUAUGAAAUAAUCGGUGGUUACAAGCUCAGUGCUUCUCGACUCAGAUUAAAUAUGGGAUUCAUUCAUCUUUGGCAUGAGAACUUUGACCCUUGCCAUCUUACCUACGUUAAGACAAAAAUCUUACGUCGACUUCGCCAUAAAAAAUUCUGGCCUAUUAACUAUGCGUUUAUUGAAGCGGUUUUAAGUUUAAGCCCAAAAAAUUAUCGUUGA